CAGUCCAGUGGGUGGCGGUAAGUCACAUACGUUUGUUUGCCAACCACCAUUAAACCUCAGAGUAAGAAGAUUAGUUUUCAGCUUGUUCUCUGGUGUAAUGUCGUGUUACUGGCUUAAUGCAAACUGUUAUAAAUGUACUUUUAAUCUAUAGAAAGAUUUUGAAUCGGGUCAGUAAAUUCCUGUAAUAUUCCCAUCCUCAAAGACGUGACUAGAAGUUUUCAAAUGAGCAGGAAUAAUAUCCGUAAUGGUGCAGCAACUGAACUGUGAAGAUGGUGUUUGUUAAAGAGGAGAGUGAUGAGAACAUAAUUGAACCAGAACCCUGGAGAAUAAAACAUGAGGAACAAGGAGGCCUGAUAAAAGUCAAAGAGGAAAGACGAGAUCCGAAUGAAGUGGAGGAGAAACAUCAGAUUCAGAAAGCUCAUAAUGUCACCGUUGGAGAGAAAUUAGUUUGUUGCUACAAAACAGAAAACAAUUACUCACAAAGCAGCGUUCAAAACACAGAAGUCAAAAAGCCUUUCACCUGUUCUCAAUGUGAAAAAACUUUCAAACAGAUAAGAAGCCUUAAGAAUCACAUGUUAAUUCAUGCUGGAAUAAAGCCGUUCACCUGCUCUCAGUGUGGAAAGAGUUUUAGACAGAAAGCACAUCUUAAUGAGCAUGAGCGUAGUCACACUUCAGAAAAGCCUUUCGCCUGCUCUCAGUGUGGAAAGAGUUUCAGACACAGAAGACGCCUUAAGAAUCACAUGUUUAUUCACACAGGAGUAAAGCCUUUCACCUGCUCUCAGUGUGGAAAGAGUUUUAUAUAUAAACGACAACUUAAUGAACAUGUGUUAACUCACACUUCAGAAAAGCCUUUCGCCUGCUCUCAAUGUGGAAAGGGUUUCAGACACACAAGAAGCCUUAAGAAUCACAUGUUUAUUCACACAGGAGUAAAGCCUUUCACCUGCUCUCAGUGUGGAAAGAGUUUUAUAUAUAAACAACAACUUGAUGAACAUGUGUUAACUCAUUCUUCAGAAAAGCCUUUCGCCUGCUCUCAGUGUGGAAACACUUUCACACGUAAAAGAAGCCUUAGGAAUCACAUGCUAAUUCAUGCUGGAAUAAAGCCUUUUGUCUGCUCCCAGUGUGGAAAAAGUUUUACACAGAUAGGACAACUUAAGCAACAUUUGGUAAUUCAUGCUUCAGAAAAGCCUUUCAGCUGCCCUCAGUGUGGAAACUCUUUCACACGUAAAGCAUCCUUUCAGGAUCAUAUGUUAAUUCAUACUGGGGAAAAGCCUUUCACUUGCUCUCAGUGUGGAAACUCUUAUGCAUUUAAAGCAAGCCUGAAGAAGCACAUGUUAAGUCAUGCUGGAAUAAAGCCUUUCAGCUGCUCUCAGUGUGGAAAGAGUUUCACCCGUAAACCAGGAUUUAUUCUUCACAUGAGAAUUCACACUAAAGACAUGGCUUUCGUGUGUUCUCUGUGUGGGAAGAGUUUUAAAUGGAAAACAAGUCUCAAAGCUCAUUUGGACCAUUCUCACUCUGAACCACAGGAAUUUAACUGUGAUCACUGCAGUAAGACAUUUGCUUUGCCAUCAUUACUGAAGAGACACCACCAGAAAGUUCAUAAAAAAGAGGAGCCUCACAUCUGUCCUGUUUGUGGAAGGAGGUUUAAAAGGGUUGACUUUUUUAAAAGGCACCAGAAAACACAUGAGAGCAUGAAAAACUCCUGUGCUGUGUAGGGAUGGACAUUAAGGAUUUAAUGAUGUCACUAUUUUAACCAAUGCUGCUAAUCUAUCCGGUUCUUUAACAGUGUUCUUAUUCAUUCUUUUUGUUGUUUAAAGGGUUAGUCCACUUUCAAAUUAAAAAUU